AUGUGCUUCUCUGUGUCACCACCAGAGGGUGAUGUACUGAGCAUUGGCCCCAACGCAUCGCUGUCUGCCUUCCCUCAGCUCAAACUGCCGUCAGCUGACGUUUACUUGGAUAUAGACCUGGAGGGAGUCGCCCUGAACAACAACGGCUCAGCAUCGGUGGCCCUGGUUUCCUACAGUGACAUGUUGGACCUGCUGUCUGCGGAUCUCUUCCGGCCCAACGUUACCACGGUGAAGAAGUCGCUCCUGUCCAGGGUGGUCUCGGCUACGUUGGAGGACGUGACCGACGCCAACCUCUCCUCCUCUGUCAACUUUACGCUCAGGCACAUAGUGUCGCGUAGCCAGGGCAACCUGUCCUGUGUGUACUGGGAGGAGGGUGAGGGAGAGUGGAGUGACGAGGACUGCAGCGUGACCGAGUCCAACUCUACACACACCAUCUGCUCUUGUACUCAUCUCUCCACCUUCUCUCUCAUCCUGCAUGCCGAGGAGUUCGCUCCGGACCUGGUGCUGCUUCUGCUGAACGUGGUGGCUGGCUCUCUUGGCCUGCUCUGCCUCCUGGCGGCGGUGGUGACCUUUGCCCUCUGCCGUAAGAACCCGGCCGCCUCCGACCCGGCCCGCCUGCACAUGGCACUCUGCCUGCUGCUGGCCCAGCUCCUCUUCCUGAACAUACAGCAUCAGCGCCGAGCAGGAGGUGACGUGCGGGGUGCUGUAGUGGGGAUGAUGAUGAUGGUGGUAGCUGUGAUGAUGAUGAAGAUGCUGAAGAUGGUAGCGAUGAUGGGAGGGGUGAUAAUGACGAUGGUGAUGGUAGUGACAGAUGUCCACUGUCUCCUCAGGUGA